CAAGCUGUCGCGGACUCCACAUUCCAACGGCGAAGCUCUUGUGACACGGGUACGGAGCCUCUCUUCUUUCUCUUCUCCACCGACUCGCACGUAUCUCUCCGAGUUGAUCUCGCUAACGAUCCGCCGCUGCCUACCCUAAACUCCCACAGUCAUGUCGGACGAAGAGGAACAAUACUCCAGCGAAGAGGAGGAGGUCGAGGAAGUGAAGCAACCGGAGAAGAAAGUCGAGGGUAGGGCGUCCCAAAAGGAUUCCGGUGAGGGAGUCGAGUUUAUGAGGAGGCAGGAGCAGAAGAGAAGCGACUUGGACGAGCAGCUGAAGGAGUACAUAUCGGAAUGGCGCAAGCAGAGGGCAAAGGAGGAGGAGGAGCUCAAGGGCCUGAAGGAAAAGCAGGCCAAACGCAAGAUCUCGCGGGCCGAGGAAGAGAAGCGGCUGGCCCAGAAGAAGAAGGAGGAGGAAGAGCGCCGCCAGCGCGAAAUCGAGGAGAAGAAGCAGCGAGACAUGGAAGAGAAGCGACGGCGCCUGGAGGAGUCGGAGAAGAAACGCCAGGCGAUGAUGCAGGCGAUGAAGGAACAGGCGAGCAAGAAGGGCCCCAACUUCACCAUCCAGAAGAAGGACCUCGCCGGCAACCUCACCUCCGCACAGCUCGAGCGCAACAAGACCAAAGAGCAGCUCGAGGAGGAGAAAAAGAUCUCCUUGAGCAUCCGCAUCAAGCCGCUGGAGAUCGAGAACUUCAGCAUCGACAAGCUGCGCUUCAAGGCCACCGAGCUCUGGGAGGCCAUCGUCAAGCUCGAGACCGAGAAGUACGACCUCGAAGAGCGUCAGAAGCGCCAGGACUACGACCUGAAAGAGCUGAAAGAACGUCAGAAGCAGCAGCUCAGGCACAAGGCCCUCAAGAAAGGCCUCGAUCCAGAAGCCCUCACUGGCAAAUACCCCCCCAAAAUCCAGGUCGCCUCCAAGUACGAGCGCCGCGUGGACACCAGGUCCUACGACGACAAGAAGAAACUGUUCGAGGGUGGCCUGACAGACGCCCAGAAGGAGGCUAUGGAAAAAGCAUGGUCCUCGUCCAAGGAUCAGUUCCUUGCCCGUCAAAAGACGAAGCUGCCGAAGUGGUUCGGUGAGCGGCCAGGCAAGAAGCCAGGAGACCCCGAGUCGCCCGAAGGCGAGGAAGACGUGAAGGCCGCCGCCGAGGACGAGGACCUCGAGGAGCCAAACUUUGACGAGGAGGAGGAGGAGGAAGAGGCCAGCGAGAAGGAAGAGGAGGAGAAGGAAGAGGAAGAAGAGGAAGAGGAGGAAGAAGAAGAGGAGGAAGAAGAAGAGGAGGAGGAAGAAGAAGAGGAGGAGGAAUAAGCUUUUGCCGAGAACGCCAGACCAAAAGAACAUUUGUUAAUAAAUACACUCUACUUUCUCACUCUUACUCUCUACUCUCUCUAUCUCUAUCUAUCUCUCUCUCUCUCUCUCUCUCUCGCUCUCUGUCUUCCCUCUUUUGGCGCGGCGCGUUCUAGUAAUCGCUGUACCCGCGCCGCAGAUGGAGGAUCUUGCGCAACCUCAAUUUUUCAAUUUGUCGCCGGCGUGAGUGCCGCAAAACAACAUCGCCGUGCACUCCUGCGAAGGCGCACCAGUUACCUAUACGCACGCUCACAAAAAUAACAAUCACAAUAAAAACUUGAACACUAAAA